GUCGGUGUUACCUGUACAUGAAGACGAUCGAACGCGCCCCUUUUCCCCGGAGGCUCUGGGAGCGGGUCCUGCUAAGCAAGAACUACGAGAAAGCCCUGGAGGAGAUCGACGAGAACCUCAUCUACUGGCCGCGGUUCAUCCGCCACAAGUGCAAGCAGCGCUUCACCAAGAUCACCCAGUACCUCAUCCGCAUCCGCAAGCUGACGCUCAAGCGACAGAGGAAGCUGGUUCCUUUACGCAGGAAGAUUGAAAGGCGAGAGAAGAGAAGAGAGGAGAAAGCCCUGAUCGCCGCACAGCUGGACAACGCCAUCGAGAAGGAAUUGCUGGAGAGGCUGAAACAGGCCACGUAUGGAGACAUUUACAACUUCCCCAUUCACGCCUUCGACAAAGCCCUGCAACAGCAAGAAGCAGAAAGCGAGAGCGAGUCGGAUGCAGAGCAGGAAGAAGACGACGAGGAGGUGGAUAAAAGAGAGUUUGUGGAAGCCGAUGACAGUGACCUCAGUGACUUUGAGGACAUGGAUAAGUUGGAGACAAGUAGUGAAGAGGAGCAGGAAGAGGAGGAAGAAGUAGAGAAGAAAUCUAACUCCAAAUCUAAAGGGAAAACUCCUCUGAAAGGACCAGCCAGGAGAAAACGUCCCUACAUUGAAAUAGAGUACGAAGAAGAAACGGAGCCAACCACCAAAACCAAAGCAGCCUGA